AUGGCAUCCUUCAGUCCCACCCAGAUCUUCGAGGAGGGCACCACGCAAGAAAAGGGCGAGAAUGCCCGUCUCGCCGCCUUCGUCGGUGCUAUUGCCGUCGGUGACCUAGUCAAGAGCACUCUAGGUCCCAAAGGCAUGGAUAAGAUUCUACAGUCUGCUUCCACCGGCGAGAUCAUGGUAACAAACGACGGUGCCACCAUCCUCAAAGCCAUUGCCCUCGACAACGCCGCCGCGAAGGUGCUUGUCAACAUCUCCAAAGUACAAGACGACGAAGUCGGCGACGGCACGACGUCCGUAGCGGUGCUGGCCGCCGAGCUCCUGCGCGAGGCCGAGAAGCUCGUCGACAAGAAGAUCCACCCCCAGACCAUCAUCGAAGGAUACCGGAUAGCGUCCAAGGCCGCGCUGCAGGCGCUGGAACAGUCCGCCGUCGACCACAGCCGCAACCCCGAAGCCUUCCGGAAUGACCUGCUCUCCAUCGCGAGGACAACCCUCAGCUCCAAGGUCCUCGCCCAGGACCGGGCGCACUUUGCCGAACUUGCCGUCGAUGCCGUUCUCAGGCUCGGAGCCCAGACCGAUUUGAGCCAUAUCCAAAUCAUCAAGAAGGCUGGUGGGAAGCUGAGCGACUCGUACCUCGACGAGGGCUUCAUCCUCGACAAGAAGAUUGGCGUCAACCAGCCCAAGCGCCUGGAGAAUGCGAAGAUCCUCGUCGCCAACACGUCGAUGGAUACGGACAAGGUCAAGAUUUUCGGCGCCCGCGUCAAGGUGUCGUCGACGGGCAAGCUCGCCGAGCUCGAGAGGGCCGAGAGGGAAAAGAUGAAGGCCAAGGUGGACAAGAUCAAGGCGCACGGUAUCAACUGCUUCAUCAACAGGCAACUCAUCUACAACUGGCCCGAGCAGCUCUUCUCCGACGCCGGCAUAAUGUCCAUCGAGCACGCCGACUUCGACGGCAUCGAGCGUCUUGCCCUGGUUACCGGUGGCGAGAUCGCCUCGACCUUUGACCACCCGGAUCAGGUCAAGUUGGGCCACUGCGAUCUGAUCGAGGAGGUUAUUAUCGGAGAGGAUACCCUGAUCAAGUUCUCUGGUGUGGCUGCGGGGCAGGCUUGCACGAUUGUUCUCCGAGGUGCCACCGACCAGCUUCUUGACGAGGCCGAAAGGAGUCUGCAUGACGCUCUUGCCGUCCUCUCCCAGACGGUGAAGGAGCCUCGUACCACUCUCGGAGGAGGGUGUGCUGAGAUGCUCAUGGCCAAGGCCGUGGAGGGUGCGGGAACACGCGUCGAGGGAAAGAAGCAGUUGGCCGUGGCCAGCUUUGCCGUUGCGUUGAGGCAACUACCCACCAUCUUGGCUGACAACGCCGGUCUCGACUCUGGUGACCUCGUGGCUCGUCUACGAAAGGCCAUUUACGAUGGCCUAACGACGUACGGUUUGGAUCUUAUGACGCCGGGUGGUGGUAUUGCGGAUAUGAGGGAUCUUGGUGUUGUUGAGAGCUUCAAGUUGAAGAAGGCGGUUGUGUCUUCUGCCAGCGAGGCGGCAGAGCUUCUUCUCCGAGUUGACGAUAUUAUCCGUGCUGCUCCAAGGAGGAGAGAAAGGCACUAA